ACGAUAGACAGACUCGAAAACCUAUCGCAGACCGAUAGACAUGUUGGUCUGGCAAUGCCCCUACACAGAAACAGCUGAUUGAUCGAAAAUGAGCGGCGUUGUUGAAAUAGAACCAAAACAAGGAUAUUUAAGUGCUGCUGAACUCGUAGCGCACCGGCAUGUGGAAAUUGAAGCGUCAACAAGUGGACUAAAGCGUACUGAAAAUGAAGACACUGCAAAGGAAAAGCAAGAGCUGGCCAGCGCCUAUGCUAAUUUGCAUAAGCAACUCUCACUGCAUCGUAUAGAGCGCCAAGCAGGACGUGCCAUUGCUAUUUGGCAUAAAGAACUGCAGGCGGCUGAGGUGUUACGGAAAGAUGGCAAAUUUGAAAGCUUUGGCUUCAGCAGGGACGGUAAACUGUAUUUGGAGUAUUACGAGGCGCUCUUUUUGCUGGAGCUGGUAUAUAUUUUGCUUACAGUCAUUAUUCAUGGCAUGAUAAUGUCUGUGGAGCAGGCAUACAUACUGCUGCUGGCGGAAACAGCUAGUGACAAGUAUAACAACUACCUGGUUUACUCAGCUCUUAUGCGCGCUGGAUAUAUUGUGGUAAAGCAUCAAGUGCCAGUUGCUACAAUAAAUAGUGCUGAUUGCAUUUGGGCGCUUUUGGAGGCAAGUCUUUGGCAAAAGCCAGUGCCGGCUCACAUUCAAGGAGUCUGCCUACUUCGAGUCAGCAAAUCAAGAAGAUGCUUAUGUAUAAGCAGCAGAUAAAGUCCCAGCAUGAUAGUGAAUAACGAGCAGCACAGCGAUUUUCAAUUCGAUACACGGAAACGUAAAGUUAACUUGGAGUCUGAUCAACAAUCCAACUGCAAAAGAACUUGCCUGUCCCAGUCCAAAAGCCUGGUGGACACGCUGCUAUCUGAAUCCAACUAUCUAAGGUUUCAAGAGUUAUUUGCGCAGUUGGACAUAGUGCAACUGCAAGCUGCCACAGACCAAGAGCUGCUUACUGAUUCCUCACUACGCACUUUUCAAAUUAGCUUUGAUCUACAUUUUCAUAGCGAGGGCUUUAAACGCAGUGCCCCCAAGUCGCCCAGCUUUAGCGUCAUCAUACUGCCACCCAAGGAGCCGUUUCCCACACAUAAUGAACUUAUUAAAUGCCAGCGCCAGCAGUUGCCUCUCGCCGGUGCCCCGCUGCUGAUCGUGUCCGUUAGCGAAUCAAAACAAAUACAAGCGUUCCUAUAUUAUAUCAGUUGAUGUUGAACCGAUAAUGGAUCUGCCUUAGCUCAUCGAAUUGUAUAUUUCAUUAUUGCUAAUUUAUGGGUACGUUGAAAUU